AUGGAUAACCAUUACCAAUCUUUCUUGCAAGUUUUCCAUCUUCCAAAAUGCCUAGAAUAUCAGCAUGUUCUCUUAAAUAUUCCAUUACUUGAUCUUUUGGAUCAGCAACGCUUUCAGCUGACUGAUAUUCUUCACCAUCAUCCUUACCCUCAUCCUCUUCUUCCUCUUCAUAUUCAUCAUCAUUAACAUCUCCCUCCUCCUUUCUCUCUUCAAUUUUAAUUGGAAUGAAUUUUCUCUUUUUAAUCCUUCUAUUUUUUUUUCUUAGGGUUAUGUUAGA